AUGAAAGUGCAAAAGGAUCCGUGUAUUCCCUUAAAACUGAGCGAUGUAUUUUCCCCAGAGAAACCUAGUGAAUCCAAGUGCAAUGGUAGGCAAUUAGACAAAACAAAUAAGGAAAAAUUCAAAAAGAAAUCAUGGAGCAUACUGAAUAAAUACAAAAUAACAGAAUUUAAUAAAAGUGAAAAGAAUGACAUACGUAUAAGAAACAAAAUAUUCGUUGAAAACAGAAUAAAUAAAGAGAUAGGAGGACAGUCAAGUGAUGAUAGAAGAAUAGAAUUGUGUGAUAGGAAUAAUGGAGACAGUUAUGACCAUAGUGAAAAAGUUAAAACAAAGGUAGAAACAGAAAAUAGAAAUAAUGCUUUAAAAGAUUGUAAAAAAAGAAAGGUAUAUAAAAAAAGUAAUUUAUUAAUAGCCAAUGGAACAACAGGUAUAAUUGUUCAUAAUGGAAUAAUGUGUUUAUCUAUGAAAGGAAUUCAACCAUUUAUUGUAUCAAGUGUUAAGAAAUCUUUUUGUAUAUAUGAUAUGCAUAAGUUGAGAAAAGCAUUUAUUUCAGAUUAUUAUUCAGAAGAUAUUAAAAAUUUAUAUUUUGCCAAGAAUUGUGUUUAUGUAGUUUUUAAUAAAAAAGUAUAUAGAGUCAAUGAAACUGGAGGUAGAAAAGUUUUCUUUUCAAAUGAUCAUAAAUAUAACAUCAUUGACAUUUUUGUUGUUACGGAUUACUUAUUAACAUAUAGCAAAAAAGAAAUAAUUUUAUGGGAUGACCAAUGUAAUGAUGAUGAAGCUUUUUCUGUGAGCAAUUCAUGCAGUGAGGAUUCAUCCCAGGAGGAUGGACACGGAGAUAGAGAUAAAGAUGUGGAGAGAGAUGGCGAUAAGGUAGGAGAUCGAGAUGACGAUGAAGUAGGAGAACGGGAUGGCAAUAAAGAUGGAGAGAGAGAUAGCGAUAAGGUAGGAGAGCAAGAUAACGAUAAGCAUAUAGAGGAAAAAGGGGAUGAUAGAAAAAAUGAAAAUGCAUCUGAACAGUGCACCGGUAAUGGAAAAUUAAGCUGUCAGGGUGAUGGUCAAGACGGUACAUGGGCUUCAAACAAAUCAUGCAAAGAAGGAAAAGAAUUGAUUGGAAAAAAUAGUGUGAAAAAGAACAAUGAUUAUGUAUUCAAAUGCAUUUUACUGUUCGAUGACAAUUCCGAUGUUGAAAUUAAAUGUAUUUAUCAUCCAGAUGGAUACAUAAAUAAAGUGAUCAUACUAACAAAUGAGAAUAAAUUAUAUUUAUAUAAUAUUAAUAAAGAGAAAAUUAUACAUGAAUAUGUAUCAAUAAAUAAGGUAAACUUUAAUAAAGGUAAGUUCAUCAAAUUAAUGUCAGGAACAUUAAAAAGAGAAGAACUUUAUGUUGUUACAUCAAAUAAUGAACUUUACAUUAUCAAUAUUGAAAAGGAUGAAAUAGUAUAUUCAAAAAAUAUACAUAUGAAUGAUGAUACCAUAACUUGUGUUAGUUUUUUUAAUUAUAAACAUAAUGGUGAAGAAAUUUGUGCUGUUCUUCUUGGGACAGAACAUGGGAAAAUACUUAUGAUUAACUCAAAAAGUAUUCAAUAUUUUAUUUUAAGAAAUGUACAUGAUCAUGUAAAAAAUAUUUUAAUAUCUCCACAAGGGUAUAUAUAUACUGCUGGCUAUGAUAAUACGAUUAAUUUACUAAACGUUAAUAAAAGUACAUUUACAUUAGAUAUUAUAAAGAAGAGAAAUAGUUGUAUUGGUAUUAUUAACAAUAUUAAAUAUAUAGAUGACGAACAUUUCAAAUUAUUAGUAUCAGCAAAUAUACCAGAUAAAAAAGAAGGAAACUUAUUUAUCAUAUGUCCACAUAACCCUGAACAAAAUAAAGAAUUUUCAUGGAAUAAAAGAAUAAACAUUUUGGAUAAAACUAUAAUCGAUUUUGACAUAAACACAAACAGACAUUAUGAUUGGAAUAAUAUUUUAAUUUGCCUAAACAAGUUAGAUCGUGUGUAUUUAGCAUCUUCAUAUAGAAAAACUGUAGCAAAUGAGUACUUAUUAUUACCCUCGAAUAUUAUGAACAAGCAGCAGAAGCAAAUGAAAUCAAAAAAUUUUAUUAACAAUGCUGAUAAUAAUGGUGUUUUAAAGGAUGACGCAUGCGAAGAUAACAAUUUUAUAGACGAGCAUAAUGAUGAUACAGAGGAAUAUAAAAUAUAUGAUGAACAUAACUCUUUUGAUUAUAAUAUCAACUUAAAAAAAAUAUAUAAAUAUGCGACAAGUGUAUUAAUAUCAACCUGUGGACAUAUAGGUAUUGUUGGUUACAGCGAUGGAGAAAUUCAUUCCUUUAAUAUGCAAUCAACAACAUAUAGAAAUGAGUAUAAACUAAAUAAGUACUCAUUUAAAUCUAAGGCACAUACAGAUGGACUUAUACUGAAAUUGUAUUUGUAUGGUGUCAAUUACUUCGUAUCUGCUUCAAACAGCAGGGAGGAUACCUGCCUCAGGGUUUGGAACAUAUACACUAGUGAACUCACAUAUUCUUACAAUGUUAGAAGUGAGUACAUUAACAGUUGUAGUAGUAAUAGUAUCGGAGGUAAUGGCCUUGUCAAUACCAGUAGUAACAGCGACGAGGUCAGUGAAGAUAUUUACAUUUCCUCUUUCUAUCAUUUUAGCAUCCUUACCGUUGUGUGUUUAUCGAAUAAGCACAUAUUGAUUGUGGAUAUUGAGCAAAAGUGCAUUACGAGAAAAUUUCGCUUUUCCUUUUCAGUUACUUACGUUACCUUUAGUAAAGAUAAUAGAUUAAUAUUCUUUGCUUUAAAUAAUCAUACCUUAUUAAUAUAUGAAAUAAUAUCAAAUACUUUUGUUGAUUAUUUAUUAUUUAAAAACGAUAUUAUUUCAAUGAUUUACAAUGACAUGUAUUUACACACAGCACAUAAAAAUAACUAUAAUUUUUUAAAUUCUUUUACGAAUAAAAAUUUAUUUAAUAAUAAUAAAAAUAACUACUUUGUUAAUGAUUAUAAAUUAAUUAAUGCAAUACCGAUAGAAGAUUUCUCAGAUACCGACGACAAUUAUUUUUACAAGUGUACAAAUUUAAAAGAACUAAUUAAUAUGAAGAAUAAUGACAUAGACAACACGUAUAAUAACACUUUAUGUCUGAAUGAACAAAACAAUGAUAAAGAUGCAUCAUUAAAUGAAAAAGGGGGAAAUAAUUAUACGCAUUUAAUUCAGUCAUAUACGUCUAGAGAAAAACAAAUUAAUAAAAAUUUAUUAACAAUGUCAGGAUUUAAUAUGUCAAAAAUUGCAUAUAUUAUAUUUUUAGAUAAAAUUAAGGAAAAAUGUAAAGUUGAAGAAAAUGUAAAAAGAAAUGAACAAAUCCCAUUUUUUCUCACAGCCAAGUUAGAAAAAAAUAUAGAAUAUGUAGAUAAUAAGGAAAAAGAAUUCUUAGAAAAUAUCACAAAAAAUGUUUUUAAUAAAAGAGAACAAAUAGAGGACCAAGAAGCUGAAGAAGAGAAACAUGACGAAGCAACAGAAAAAGUGAACAACAGAAAUGUUGUGAGAAAAAGACAAAUUUUUAAUAGGUAUAAACCCCCCAUGCCUUUAUCUAAACUUCAGGAAAUUCUGGCGAAGAACGAGUUCUCUUACAUCAACGUUCUGAAGUAUCUCAAGAGUUUAUCUCCGUCGGGUGUGCAUUUUAACAUCCUGUCUUUAAGUUCAAAGGAAGAGCUGGAAAAUAUGAUGAAUUUCUUUAUUUAUCAUGUCAAGACGAAUGAUAAUAUAGAUUUAAUUCAGGCGUAUAUUUUAAUAUUCCUAAAAGCUCACGGAAGAAGAUUAAUCAAAAUAAAAGAAAAAAAUUUAAGGAACACUACCAAUGUGUUACUUCAGGAAAUUCAAGGAAGCUGGUCGAAUAUUAAUUUUUUAUUUGAAAAUAUAAUUUUUUUUAUCAAGUUUUUGACAAAUAUACAAUUAGAAUAA